GGGGGCGGCCUCCCGUGGGAGGGACCCGCAUCUGGGAGAACCACUUCCACUCUCCAAUCCCAGAGGCUCCCGGGGGCUCGAUCGUGAGCCGCCCGGUUCCCGCAUUCCCUCCGGUCCCAGCCGGGCUCCUCUCCACCUCCCCGAGGGGCCUGACCAGGGAGUUGGACCAGCAAAUCGGUGCACUGAUCACGCCCGCACCAUAACUGGGGCCCACCACGAGGUCGUCCCUGACCGCCACCCAAACCUGCUGUUCUGCUUUGUUGCCCCCUCCCCAGAGUGCAGGGUCCCUAAAGGCUGCACCUGCCGGCUGCCCCAGCCCAACGAGAGAAGUGGACAUGAGGUUGGCAGGCCCCCUUCGCAUCGUGGCCCUGGUCAUCACCGUGGCUGUCACCUGGAUCGUAGUCAGCAUCCUCCUCGGUGGCCUUGGCUUUCCUCGGAUCCAGCAACUCUUCACCAGCCAAGAGAACUCAGUGACUGCAGAGCCGCGGGCCAGGAAGUACAAAUGCGGUCUGCCCCAGCCAUGCCCUGAGGAGCACCUGGCCUUCCGUGUGGUCAGUGGUGCUGCCAAUGUCAUUGGACCCAAGAUCUGCCUGGAAGACAGGAUGCUCAUGAGCAGUGUCAAGGACAACGUGGGCCGGGGACUGAACAUCGCCCUGGUGAAUGGGGUAAAUGGAGACCUCAUCGAGGCCCGCGCCUUUGACAUGUGGGCGGGAGAUGUCAACGACCUGCUGAAGUUCAUCCGACCACUUCACGAAGGCACCCUGGUGUUUGUAGCUUCCUAUGAUGACCCAGCCACCAAGAUGAAUGAAGAGACCCGGAAGCUUUUCAGUGAUCUGGGCAGCAAGAACGUCAAGGACCUGGCCUUCCGGGACAGCUGGGUGUUUGUGGGGGCCAAGGGUGUGCAGAACAAGAGCCCCUUUGAGCAGCACGUGAAGAAUAGCAAGCACACCAAUAAGUAUGAAGGCUGGCCCGAGGCGCUGGAAAUGGAGGGCUGCAUUCCCAGGAGGCCUGCAGCCAGCUAGGGGCCAGGCUCACAGACGAGACUGAGCAAGGCUGCGUGUGCCCGGCCCCUGAUGAGGCGCCAGCACAGGGCUAAGGCCCCGACCUCACGCCCAGCACGUUGGGGCUUUGAGGUGGUGACCAGCGACCAGACCGUGACCAGUAGUGGGGCUGCGCAGCAGACCCUGUCGCACUUUGUGUCUGGGGGGAACCCCAAGUACCCGUCUCCUAUUCUGAAAGCUGCUCCCCUAGUCCACCCCCAGCCAGGCGAGUCCCAAGCACCUGCAGCCCCAGGUUUGGUAGUGGCUGCCUAGAAGGUUCGGGCACCUUCCAGAACCUCUACCUCCCAGAGUGCCUUGCGGCUCCAUGGGCCAGGCCUGUUUCCAGCAUGAUUUGUCGUGCUGGGCCACCUGGCCACCUCCAGGGAGGGGCGGCCACCUUGGAGCCAGGCCAGCUGUGUGCUGAAUUUGUGGCCUGAUGGCAGUCUCUGGAGUGGCGGGUGGCCACCCCUGUGGUUUGUCAGAGGGCCUGCCUUCUCCAUGACCUCUUAAUAAACUGGUGGCCCCAA